GGGCCCGCAUUCAGGUCGUUCAUAGGAAGUCGCCGACGGGGGAUGCGGUCGUCGACCUGAUCCUCGAUGAUACGAGGGAGGUCCUGAAACGUGUGAAUGGCCGAGCUUUGGUGGCUAUGCCGGAACGAGUUCAGAAACAGCGUCAGGGCUGCCUGUAUUUCAUCAAAGGCCUGGAACCCUACCACUCGGUGAUCGUUCAUAAGAAUGCAAGAGAUGCAGUGGCAGCUCAGACGUGUGCUAAUUCCCUCAAUGAGGAUUGGACUCAUAAGAGAGCGCACCUAAAAGGUGUCGAGUACCCUCCCGAUGACUUGGAUUAUGCUAGAAUGACUCGGAUUUUCGUCGCGAGCCUCUCCAUAGACGGAAACUGCGAUGUCCGGACUUACGUCCAGCGAUCCUUGCCUGACUUCAUCAUCAUUCCUGUAGAGAAUGUCUCCGUUAACAACCUCGCUCGACUCUCCCUGGGCGAAGAUCAUCCGACACCGAUCAUUGUCCCGUACUUAUCGCAAGAAGAAAUUUGUGAGGUCGUCUCUCUUCGGAAACACCCGGACCGGCCACGGGUUUUUGAGAUCGGUCUCAAGCUCCAAGGAUAUCUGGACUUGGAGCUCAUUUUCGGGCGCAUGGUGGGGAGGAGAGCUCAUUUCCCACAGCUCUUCCAUAUCAAACCCUUGAAAGCUAUCACACUCAGUAACCACGGUUUUUUUAAGCAGAGAGGUCUGACCCUCGAGACUGGGCAAGUUCUCGGCAUCGAUAGUCUGGACGUGAUCGAUAGCAGGAGAUUUGAAGUCCGUCCACUGCCCCCCUGUCUGGCCCAAGCUUUCCCAUACACGGCUCUGUACAUUGAUUGGGACACGACGGUCAGAUCUCGGGCGCCGAGCUUGGGUGAUACGGUCGUUGUUACGAAUCUCAAGCUGGACGUUUCGGCCAUAAAUCCGCUGCAUCACUCGUACGAUGAGAUAAUUCGCAAAGAUCACGCAACCCACAUCGAAUACCGUCCAAGAUACGCGGAGAAGAAGCCGGCGCAGCAGCCGUCCUCGAAGACCCACUCGAAGAGCAAGAAAUCACCGACUUCAGCGGAGUGGUACGGGCUGAGCCAAGAACUUGAAGCCGUCUUAAUGAAAGCGCCUAGUUUCGUUGAUCGGUUCUGCAAGCUCGAAAUUCUCCUCGCUGAAUUCGGAGAAACCAUCCGGAUCGAAGAAAUAUGAUGAAGUAGCGUCGAAGUGUAAUAUGGAGGCAGAUUCAGAAGUUGGAAUGAGUCGAGAGUUCACAUUGAGCUUGGAAAUUUUCGGAGCUGACCUAAUUUGUGCAAAAGUAUCGGAGCCCGAAGCAGAGGAUCCACCUCGUCAGCAUCUGCAUUAAAAUAAAGCGCUCCUUUCCGCUGGGAGUUGAUUGUAUG